AAGUGAUGGCUCGGCACAAGGAGAGUCCAGCCAGUCGCAGGCAAGAGACUUUGAGCAAGGGACUAAACCAAGAACCCUGCAGAGCAAACUAGACUGCGAGGAGGACCUUUUCAAGAAGCUGGCCCGACUGCAGGAAGAGACGGCGGGAGACAAAGGCAUAGCCACCCACCAGACAAGAGGCAUAAAAACCGGACGGCUGAGGAAAAUGCUGGAGGGGAUAUUUCACAAUACGGAAAGUAAAGUGGAGAUAUUCACCAGAGCAAACGCACUGAACCAGGCCACGACAAUAGGGAAAAAACUUGGGGCAAGGGGUGAAAUAGGCACCAAACAAAGGAAGACCUUUGCGUUAGUGGUGGGAAAUAAGGAGAAGUCCUAUGAGGAAAACCUGAAAAGUGUUAAGAAGACACUUAUGGAAAAUAAUCUAGCUGAGGGCAUCAAAGAACUGCGCAGCACAAGAGACGGCAGGCUGCUGAUUACAACCGAUAAACAGCAGGAAAUUGUGGAGGAAAUAAGAAGUGCGCUCCACGGCAAUAAAGAUGUGGCGGAGCACGUCAGAAUCGUCGGUAGGCACAGCGACAAAGUGCCAAUCCACAUCAGAGGGCUGGAAUCCCUAGCCACAAAAGAGGAUUUAGUCGCCGCACUAAAUGGAAAAUUCAGCUCCAUAAAGGAAAGCGACUAUAGCCUAAGCGACCUGAGGCCGAACGCUAACUGCACGCAGGCCGUAACCCUAUUGAUCAGGAGGGAAAUGGCUAACGAGCUGCUGGAAGGGAAACAUAUCAAGAUUGGGUUGGUCAGAUGCAGCAUGGAAGCCAGGAUAAACUUGCAAAGAUGCAGCAAGUGUUGGGAGUGCACCAAGGAGCCGAGCUGCCCCAUAUGCCAAAAGAAGGGGCACAGAGCCGGAAGCGGCAAAUGUGACGCCUUCAAGGCUUCCCUGACGGAAGUGAAGAAGGCACUAAGGAAGGAGGCUCAGAGGCUCACAAGAAGGGAGCCCAAAACCACAGGGGCGCCUAAUAACAAGGGAGCAACUCCACCUGAUGAUGAGCAGAGGCAAGGGUAG